GAUCAGAAGCGGUGGAGAGCACGGCAAUCUUUUGUGUGUGAAUUGCUAGGCUAGUUGUAUGAAAAUUAUGUGAAAGAUAUUUUCUAGAGAAUGUUUUAAAGAUACGGUGUUCUUCUGACAUGUGUUUGGGGUAAAGCAAAGGAAUGGCAGCGCCCGAGACGCCCCGACUCCUGGACAGUCCGUCGGACAUUCGUAAGGAGAUUGACAGAAAGCUAGUGGACGAUGGCCUCAGUGCGCAGUGUCCGGAGGAGGAAAAACUGUUGUAUGUCUGGAGGCUUUAUCAACACACAGAGACGGACUUGCAGCGAGCCAUUGAAAAUGAAGAAAAACUUAAACUGGCUCAGACGGCUGAGAUGCAGGAGGUGGAAAACUACGUCGAACACAUCCGACAUCUGUCAGACGAGCGAGAGGCACUCAUUCAAGAACUCGAGACUGAGAAUGAUCAGCUCAAACAGGAAAUAGACUCGCUCAAACAGGACCAGAAUGCUGCAGCACUGAGGGAUGAAACUGCUGAGAUGCUCAUACAGCAGGGCCUAGAGGAGAUUGCCAGUGUCUCCACCAGUGAGCAGAUCGCAUUUCUGCUCGUCGAGCGAGCUCGGCUUCUGGAUGAACUGGAGGCUGAGCAAAAUAGGACAAUGACCCCAUCUGUGACCCCUGCCCUGACUGAUACAACCUGUCCCCAGACCCCAGGACUGAGUACCCCAGGGAUAAACACGCCUGGACCAUCAGAAGAUGGGAGGAUGUCAGCUGUUGAGUUUGAGCAGACGCUGGAGCGAGAGCGAACUCAAUUUGAGGAGGAACUCAGUCAUUCACGUGAGAGUAUAAAAAACCUGAAGGAGAGGCUAAAGAGGGAACAUGAGGAGGAAAUCAAUGCACUGAUGGAGGAAAACAAUAAACUCGAGGAUGAUUAUGAGGAGGCAAAAGCCAAGAUGGAGGAACUAGAAAAGGAAGUGAAAAAAUUGCGGGAAGAUCUCCAGACAUUACAGAAAGAAAAAGAGCAGAAAGAAAAGUCAGACUCUGAUUCCCGGUCCUCUACCCCUGCCAAUGUCUUCAGCGGCCGUCCUCCUAGCCCAGCCCGGUCACCAAAUGACAUUGCCAUCCGUAACAUCAUCCAAGAAAAGACCAAGAUAGAAAGUGAGCUUGUACAGAUCAAAUCUCAGAGCCGGACAGUACAGAAUGAGAAUACAGAACUCAAAACCAAGGUGACCUCACUCACAGAAGAGGUACAGGAGCUACAGAUUUCUGUUCAGCAGUUACAGAUGAAGAACAAAAGUCUGAGAUCAGAACUGGAGGAGGCCGAGAACCAGUUAGAGGAGGCUGAGACUGCCAGUGAAGAGGUUAUGAAAGAUAGGGAUGAGAUGAAGUUACGGCUAGGAAGUCUGGAAAAAGAGGUCAAAACUUUACGAGCUGAAGCUCAGAAAACUCACUCUUUACAGGACUCCGUCCAAAUUCUUAACCAGGAAAAGUGUGAUUUAACUAAUGAACUUGAUACAAUAAAACGUGAACUUGAUGAAUCACAGACUGAAAAAGAAAGAUUAGCCAAUCAAAAAUUAGCUCUCAGUAAGGAAGAGAUUCGCUUAACAGAAGAGAAUCAAACUCUGAAGUCAGAGCUGGAAACGUUAAAGUGUUCACACGAAGAAAUACAGGACCAGAAGAACGAGUUAAAUCAGACAUUAACAUUACUCGAUAAAACAAACUCUGAAUUAGACACUCUUAGGUCAGAGAAGUUUGAGUUAACUUGUCGAUCAGAAAAAUUAACAAAGGAAAAUAAAGACUUGUUAAAUCAAGUGGAAAGUCUUCAGGGAGAAUUGGAGCGGUUACAGAUGGACGGACAGGAACUAUCUAAACAACAGAUCAUAGUUGGUCACAUGAGAGACCAGGUUCAGAAAUUAACCAAAGAAGUUAGUGAUUUAAAAGAAAACCUACAGGAAAAAGAAAAAGCUGAAAAGGAUCUCACUAAAACCAUUGAAGCACAAGAGGCAGAAAUUAGUAGGUUAAAAAGUGACACAGACAAUCUGAAACAUGUUCAUGAAAAAGAAAAAGCAGACAUUCAGGAAGAACACAAUAAUGAAAUAGAAGAUCUAAAAAUGAAACUCCAACUAACUUUACAAGAGUUGUCACGUUCAAAACAGAUGCUGGACGAUGAACGAAGUCAGUGCUCAGAGGUUGAGGUCAAAGCUCGUGACCUUGAGGUGCUCUUAGAAGAAAUGCAAAAAACUAAUAGUGCUUAUGAGAAAAAAUUAGAUGAAGUGUCUCAUUUAGAACAGAGAGUGAAAGAUUUAGAAAAAUUAGUGUCUGAAAAAUGUGAUAUUGAGGACCAACUUGAGGAUAAGAAUCGUGAAAUCUCAGAACUGGAACAGGAAAUUGAGGAGUUUGAGAGUAUUAAGUUAGAGUUGGAGGACACACAUGAAAGUCUGGACAAAGAGAAAGUCAUUCGUGCCAAACUAGAGGCAACGGUCCGAGAUCUAGAGCAGAUUCUGGAUGAUCAGAGGACAGAUCAUGAAAAUAUUCAACGUCAGUUCACAAAUAAGGUGCAAUCACUGGAAAGCCAGGUACGGGGUCUACAAGACGAUCUGUUUGCAGCACAGGAGGAACUCCAGGUUACAAUGGAGAAACACGAGCAGGAACUUGAGGAAGCUAGGGCAGCACAUAUUGAAAUUCAGGAGCGGAUUGAAGCAGAGAAACAGAAGCAUGUUUUACAAUCUAGUCCAGAAGUUCAGGGGGCUGACCAGAGAAUAGAGGCCCAAAAAAUUGAGAAUCUAGAAAAGCAGAUAGAAACCAUGAAGACUCGUUUGACUGAGACUCAAGUUCAACUUGACAAGGUCACACAGGAAAAGUUUACCUCAGAGAAAGAAAUCAAGAUCCUCCGAGACUCGCUAAAGCAGAAAGAAGGAGACAUGAAGGAGUUGGAGGCAUUGAGGCUUGAGCUCAGUCAAGCACGACGGGAGGUGGAACAUUUACAACUGUCCACAAAAUAUGACAGUGAGGAGCGCCAGAAACACGUGGACAGAAUCCGGUCCCUAGAAGAGCUGUCCAAACAACUAGAACUGGACAACAGGGAGCUGGCCACCAAGCUUCAGGAGUCAUUACAACAAAUCACCCACAUGGAGGACCAGUUAAAACGGGAGAGACAGAGAAACACCGACAAUCAGUACAUGAACCACCGUCAUGUAGGUCAGAUAGAGGCUGACCUUGACGAAGCAACCAAACAGGUCAGACAACUCAAGGACGACCUACAGAAAAAACAGACCUACAUCAUGAAGUUGGAGGCUGACACCAUAGGAAAUGCUGCUAAAUAUGACAGUACAAUAUCCCGGCUUGAGUCAGAGCUGAGCGAGACAAAACAGUUCCAUAAGAAGGAAAUGGAAGCAGUGACGGAACGUCUUGAGACAAUGAGCAAAGACAACAAGGAGUUAAGGAACCAACUCAGGGGGCGAGAACAGGAGUAUCAAAGUUCCUCUCAGGAUUUAAAUCGUUACAAAGGGACAGCAGAUCGUCUGGAAUCCCAAAUCCAGACGGAAAUCAAAAUCCGGACAGACCUGGAGAACAGGAACACAGCUCUGGAUAAAGAAAUCUCAAAAGAGGAAUUUCCUAACUUAAGAGUGUGGAGCCAGGUAAGGUCACUAAUGGAGAAAAAUGCCAGCCUGGAGGCCGCCAAGAGGAGUUUGGAAGAUGAACUAGAGAGGAAGAAUUCCAACACAAAGUUCGCCGAGACCACUCUGUCCCAGGCUUCAGCCAGCCAUGAAGUAGCUGUUAAAGCGUUACAGUCCAAGGCGGACACAGCUGAGAAAAGGGAAACGAAAGCUAAGCCUUUUGUGGUUAAAGCUGAGAAGCUACAGCAGGACCUUGAGGGGAUGACCUUUAAAUUGAAGACAGUAGAGCAUCAGCUGAGUCAGGCCGAGGAACUGAGGAACGAGUUACAGGACAAAAAGGAACAGGUGGCAACCUUACGGAACCAGCUAGAGGCUGAGAAACUCCAGAGAACUUUGUUGGAUCAAACUGUUGCAGAAUUAAAACACCAGGUGUCACUUCUGAAGUCUCGUGAAUCCAAAGUUAUGGACCAGAAUCGUGAGUUACAGCACACGAUGAUCGACAUGGAAACCAAACUGGAUGACAUGCAUGAACGGAAUCAGACUGCUCUAGAUAUGGACUCGGAGAGCUGGGAGGAAAACGGUGUAGAGCAAAAACAUUAUACAGAAGUCGGAAAGCGAGGCCUGCUAGACCAGAUUCACAAACUCCAGAAAGAGGUCAAAGAUUUACAGUAUGAACUUCUGACAGUCAACGAACGACGAGAAAUACAGGAAAGAAAGUACGAGGAUCGUAAAAUGAAGACAAAGGUCAAACUAAUGAGAGCAAGAGAAUUUUAUGCCAAGGAGCGAACUCGUAUGCAGGAACAGCUGAGGCAAUAUGAUGAUGACCUGAGACUGACUCGCUCAACACUCAGGAAAGAGAUGGACUGGAAAGAAAAGAUGGAAAAGAAUUAUCAGACAGUUAAUCGAGAAAAACGUGAAUACCUCACUCAGCUGUCCGAUAUGGAGGAAGCCGUCCGCGAGAAGACUCGUAUGGUCUCCAUGUUACAGGUCCGCACCAAAUUCCUAGAAGAGGAGAAUUCCCGUUUACAGGAUCGUAUAGACUCUAUCACCAAACAGAAGCAGGGCUUAGAUAAACUCGUCAAAGAAUACAAACUCACUGGCAAGGACAGGGACGUUCACUUGUCGAGGCUCAGUUCGGACAGUCGACCUCACAGUUUGACGGGAGGGACGAGUGGGAUUGGGAACAGCGUCGACUCGAGCUGGGUCAAUGAGCAGGAUCAUUACAUCGAUCCGUAUCUGGGUUAUCGCAAUACGCAAUCUUCUAAUCUGGUGAUCAGUAACUACCUCAGCCGGAGCUACGAGCCACACAGUCACGCAGUGGAUCUAUAUCGCGGGGAAACGGGAAGUGAGGAAUCCUACAGUAGGGAAUUCGAUACCUGACUUAAACCAUCAACUUAUCAUCAGUGUUGACCAAUCAAAAGCCAUUAUUUUAACCAUAAACACAUCACAUGACUUGAUACAUUCCAUGCCAAACGUUGCUUUUUUUUCACCACCUGGUGAUGUAUAUAGGCAGUUUGUGCCAUUCCUUUUACAUUAAUGCAGUAGAAUAAAUAAAUUAUAUACAUGUAUAAAGUUUAUUUUUAAAACUUAAUUGUGAUCAAGAAUGUGAUAAAUUAUUUUUAUUUAUUGAUUAGUUUACUGUUAUAGUAUUAGUAUAAUUGAUUAGAG